CCUCUGACUGACGGUGGCUGCUGCUUUGUCGCGAUCAUGGUAGCUGCUGCAGUAAUUCCCUCGAUAAAUUUGUUUCUUAUAGGUAAAAGGUACUUGGCCCUACAAUGGUGGUUUGCAAUUGCAAUUUGAGCCACAGAUUCCUGCAGAGGGAAUCCUCUCGGCCAUGGGGCCCCUUUUAUUUCAAAAUCCAGCCCGAUUCCCGUCCUUCCAUCGCGACGUCAUCUCACUGUAAUCAAACAAGGCAACGUCUCAUUCUGCUAAUAUUGCCCACACACAUCAUUUCCGGAGCACAUUAUUUUUUUGCAUUGAUAAUGUAACAACUCAUCCUCUGCUUCUGCUCCUGUUUCUGCGUGAUUGGCUAAGAAUUGUGUUUUUAGGGCUUGCUGGAAUUCUUUUUGGUUGUGUCAAUUUAAUUGAGCGAUGCCGUUGGUGAGAUGGAGGUGAGGAAUGCAUACAGACUUGGAGCUCCUGAGACAUAUAACGAGGCCAGCAAGGAAGAGCCGGAGGAGAUUCUCGGAGGAGUUGCCGUCGCCGGCCUUGUCGGAAUAUUGCGUCAGCUCGCUGAUCUUGUUGACUUUGCAGCGGAAGUUUUUCAUGGAUUGCAGGAAGAACUGAUGAUGACAUCUUCCCGAAGCCGUAACUUGUGGCACCGUGUUCGACGAAUUGAAGCUGCUAUUUCUCCUCUCGAGAAAGCUGUAUUAGCUCAAAGGAGCCAUUUACAUCUUGCAUACGUUGCAGGUUCUAAUUUGCAUGGUCGAAGCAAUUGUGAAAUGAAUAUGUUUGAGCAUACCGAUUUGCCUCGAUUUAUUUUGGAUUCCUAUGAAGACUGCGGUGAGCCUCCACGGCUACACUUGCUUGAUAGGUUCGAUCCUGGUGGCCCGGGAUCAUGCUUUAAAAGGUAUUCAGAUCCAUCAUUCUUUAAGAAAGCAAGUUCCCGUAAAGUUUUAGAUGAUAAGAGAGGAAGCAUGAUCAAGGAAUUGCAGUCUCAGCCAAGGAAUGAAGUAACCCCCGGCGCAACCUUGUUCAACCUUGGGGGCAGCUUAAGAUCAGAUUACACUGAAGGUGAUUUUAGACUGCGACUGCUUUCACCAAGAUUGGACAUGGAUGCUUCGCGGAAUGAUGCAGUUGUUAGCUUUGAAACUGUGGACAAAAGGGGCAUCCGAAGUUGUGAUCAAGAUCACUCGACAUCUGAGUAUAUUGACAUCAGUUUUGAUGAGUUUGAAAAUAAAAACGAUAUAUUCAUGGAUGCAUGUAAUGUCAUGGAACUGAAGGAUACAACUGAUAUGAACUACACCAGAAAUAAAAAUUCUAAGCUGGAGGGAAAAGCUGCAGAGCUGAUGCAACAAAAUUUAGAAUGUCGAACACCAUAUUAUGAAUGCGGUGGUUUGGCCAGAAGUUCAGUUGUCAUCGGUGGUUUCAAACAUAACCCCCUUCCAGUGUCCUUAAAAUCAUCAUUUGCUGCUCUCUUUUGUGUUGGUUGCGUAUCUGCCAAGGACUUGUGUGAUUCAGCAUCUCCGGUGGAUAAGUCUUUGCUACCACACAGCGUAGGUUCUUACAGUAAUUGGGAUGUGAAUGAUGGCGCAUACAUAGAAAACACAUUGCGCACAGUAUCGUUGGAUGAAAGAACUGAUUGGUCAGGAUCUGCUCAAAGACCUUCAACCAAAACUUCUAAUGCUUCUUUAGCUUCUUUUCGGAAUAAUGGUGGUUUGGUAGGACUCCAGCCAUCAAAACCAAUGGAUUUUGGUUUAUCGAAUAAUCAUGGUGAACCAGAUAUAACGCAAAGCUCUGCACACCAGCGAUGUGAAGAAAGCAAUUCAUGGUUUAGGAAGAUGAAAUGUAAAAUUUCUCCUACUGAUUUAGGCUUCAAGCUUCAUAGUAAUGAUGUGAGUUUAACACAAGCUGGAAGUGUUCCGACUGAUGCUGCAGAAAGGAAUGCAGAAGAUAGCAAGAAUUCUUGUCGAAUAUUUGAGCAGGGCACUAGACUGCAUACAACCAAACGAAAUGAUUCUGAGUAUCAAACACUCUCUGGUCGAACUAAAGAUCUGUUCAGACAUGAGCUGUCAAUACCUUCACCUCCUUCAUCACCUCCUUUGAGGCAGAUCAAAAUUUCAUUUCAACCAAUAGAUUACUCAGAUUCCUCGAAGCUGAAGCUUAAGUUUCCACAUGGGAGCACUGGUGAUGAAAGCUGCAGGGCUGUUCUCCCUUCAUUUCAGUUGGUCCCAGAGCUAUUGAUCGCUCAACAAAAUGGUUGUUCAGAUUCAGAUGAUGACACAUUGUAUCGAUCAUCUGCUUCUUCAUUAGAUAAUUGUCGCAGUUAUCACUAUGAAUCAUAUUAUGAGCAGUGGGGCUCUGGUGAAUCUCCCGCUAACAAAGACACUGAGUUGUUUAGCUUCUACAGCAGAGUCUCUUGUUCGGAAUCUGUUUCAACCACAAUGAAAAAUGAAAGGACUAGCCUUAUUGAUAGAAACUACAUCCAGGGCUCUCAUUCCUUUCAUUCUUGUGAUAUUCUGAGUACUCCAGAUCCUUCAUCAAUACCCCCUGUUGAGUGGCACGGAAUGAAGCCGAAUUUGGAUUAUACAUUGAAUCUCAAUGAAUUGUCAUCUACUACUUCUCAGCAACCUAAGCCAGCUCCAUUCGAUCAUGAUUUUCCCACAAUUGAGCAGAGAAGGAAGGAUUCAGAUGGACAAAGAGAGGCUAACAAAGGGAAGAGCUUAGAUGAUAGGGAUUUUCUCCAACUAAUUAGAUCAAAAUCCUUCAAUCUCAGACCAACUGUAACAAAGGAAACAGCGACGCCAUCAGCAAGCCCAGCCAAUGUCCAUGUCGCUGCAAUUCUCAACAAGGCUAAUUUGAUUCGCCAGGCUGUCGGAAGCGAUGAUGCAGACGAUGAUGGCGGCAAUUGGAGUGAUGUUUAGUACCUUAUUCUUUACCUUAAGCCUCUGUGAUGAAGGUGCUGUCUGAUGGCUGCUUGUUUGAUGCAUCAGCUGGAGAUUCGUCGACAAUAUUCAUAUAGUUGUCAAAAAAAAAUUUGCACUUUACAAGUUCAUGUUUGGUAUAUGUUCAUCUGAUCAAACUAAAUCCUGGAUUUGCAUACUGCAAUGGUAGCAUAAUGGGAGUGUGGAUGAAUUUUUGUUGUGCCCAUAAAUGUAUUAAUCCAAACCCUAGUAACAUUA